AUGAGCACAUCAGUACCGAACGCGACAGGUAAAUUCGGUGGGAUGCCACCGAAACGUUGCACCAUUUUCGGUAGGGUUCGACCGGUCAGCAACGUAAUAUUCGGUGGAGAUCCACCUAACUUAUUGCCGACCACAAAUUUAAUCCAAGCUAUUUUGAUCUUACUUCCAUUGAAGGAACAAAAACAAGGUGACGCCCCUACUGAAGGCAACAAUGUGGGAACAGAAUGUGUAAUGGACUAUAGUGAUCAAUUCACAACUUAUUCGAUAUUCAAUAGUAGAGAUGCAUUACUUCGAUGGGCUCGUGAACAAGGAAAAUUGAAUAAUAUUGUCAUUGUAAUUAAAAGGUCUAAUUAUGGAGGUGAGGGCAAGAGGAGACCUCGUGUAAUACUUGCUUGUGAGAGGAACGGUAACUAUAAGUCUUGCAAGUAUUGUGAGACAACUGAUAUAAGGUCGGAUGCAAAUAGUGAUUUGAAAAAAUGUGCUAGGGACACUGGUACCAAGAAAUGUGGAUGCCCAUUCUUGUUAAAAGGUGUCAAUAUUGGUGAUGGGGAUGAUUGGAAGUUGGAGGUGGUUUGUGGAGUACACAACCAUCCUAUUUCAGAGUAUCUUCAAGGUCAUUCAUUUGUGGCGACUUACUGA